CGUGCGGUCAGAACACAAUACUUUUAUAUAUAUGUAUAUUAGUGUAUGUGACCGUGAAAGAAAAUUUGGAAAGUGCAGUGUUUUGUAAAUUUGUGUUGUGAACCGUGGAAAUUGUUUAACUUAUAACAAUGAGGCACAGAGUGUCAGUGGUGAAAUGGCCAUUGAGAAAAUUAUCUGUCAGACAUUUCAACACAGCAUCCGUCGAUAAACAAGCGAGCGAUGGGAGUGAUAUAGGAUUUCGAGGUCAAUGUCCAAUCCAGAGUCAGCGUGCUAGAUCGACACACGCGGUUGCUACCCCCGUGUUUGAAACACUGGCUCCCUCUGUGAGGAGCUGGGAGGAGGUACCGGGGCCUAAACCCUUGCCUUUACUGGGGAAUACUUGGCGGUUUAUACCGUAUAUUGGUGGCUAUUCCGUAGAACACGUAGACAAGGUGUGCAUGUCACUUCGCCAGCAGUACGGCAAAUGCGUCAAGAUGGCCGGCCUGCUGGGCAGACCUGACAUGCUCUUCGUGUUUGACGCGAGUGAAGUGGAAAGGGUCUUCCGUGGAGAGGAUACAGCACCGCACAGACCUUCAAUGCCUUCAUUGAAUUACUACAAGCAUAAAUUAAGGAAAGACUUUUUUGGCGCCGAAAAAGACUGCGCGGGAGUUAUUGCAGUUCAUGGCGACUCAUGGGCAGCAUUUCGUACAAAAGUAUCGCGAGUGGCUCUCAGCACGGGUGCUGCGGCUCAGUAUACUGAGCAAGUUGCUGAGGUUGCUGACUGUUUUAUAGCACGAAUACGCGAAAUACUAGAUACAAAUCAAGAGACUCCAAACGAUUUUCUUAAUGAAAUUCAUAAAUGGUCUUUGGAAUCUCUCGGCCUAAUAGCGCUCGACACGCGUCUCGGCUGCUUCCAAUCCCGCGAAGGGUCAGACAGUCAGCGACUGAUAGAUGCCGUUCAUACAUUCUUUCUUUGCGUGGGAGAGUUGGAGCUGCGAGCGCCUUGGUGGAGAGUCUACCCGACAGCCAUGUUCCGGAGAUAUGUGGCCGCGUUGGAUACUAUUUUGGGUGUUACAAUGAGCCACGUAGAAAAAGCCUUGAAUUCAUGCGACGAAACCAACAAAUCCCUCUUACAAGAUCUGGUGAGCGCGGCGGGUACAAGGGUGGCCGCCAUCGCAGCACUCGACAUGUUUCUUGUUGGCAUUGAUACGACCUCAAAUGCCGUAGCGUCAACUUUAUAUCAACUGUCAAUGCGGCCACAAAUUCAGGAUAGGUUAUAUGAAGAAAUAACUAAUGUACUCCAAGGCAAGUCGUUGAAACCCGGGGAUAUUAACCGAAUGCCGUAUUUAAAAGCGUGUGUUAAGGAAGUUUUGAGAUUAUAUCCCGUUGUAAUUGGAAAUGGCAGGCAAUUAACAAAAGAUACUGUGAUAUGUGGAUACAAAAUACCAAUAGGCACUCAAGUGAUAUUCCAACACUACGUAAUGGGCAACAGCGAGGAAUAUUUCACGGACGCGAAAACAUUCGAGCCAGAGCGUUGGUUGCAGCGAUCUUCAUACAAACAUCCAUUUGCAUCUUUACCCUUUGGUUUUGGUAAACGUAUGUGUUUGGGACGGAGGUUCGCGGAACUAGAAAUGCAUAUAAUGAUUUGUAAGAUGGUGCAGACCUUCAAACUGGAGUAUCAUCACGAGCCAUUGGAUUAUCACAUACAUCCUAUGUACACUCCUAAUGGGCCACUGAGAAUUAAACUUAUCGAACGAUAAUGUUCAUUUAAUGAAUUAUUAAUUCGUUUAAAUAAUGAAUAAAUUGAUAUAUUAAUUCAUUUAAUGAUGAAUGAACAAUUGUUAUUACGACUGCUGAGAUAGGGAUAAUUUUUGUACUAGGUAUAUUGUUAUUAUAAAUUUAGAACCGAUUUCACAAUUUAAUGUAAUUGAUGUAAUUGAUUUUGACUCAUUUUGGCCUACAUUUUUAGACAUUAUCAUACAUAUUGUUUUAUUCCGGGGAUUAAACUCGGAGAUUCUCUGAAUACUUUCAAUAGAUGUAUUUUUAUAUAUUUGUGAUCUACAUUUGUUUUUAUUUAAUAAUCACUUUCAAUGUUAUUUAUUUUAUAGUUCAUAUCUUAUUUUAUUAAUGUAUAGUUUAUAUUAGUCUUAUUUUAUAUAUGUAAGUAGUUUAUAAAUCAAUAAGCAAUUUGUCAAAAUAUUGUUGGAUGAAAUCUGAAUUUUAUAAACAUUUCUAUCCUUUUCUAAUUAUUUGUAAGAAAUACCUGAUUGUUGUUACCAUAAAACUUAGCCUUUAUCUGUUGAAAUAAAUAUAAAAUGUUUAAUAUA